UGCAUUUGCAUUUGCAUUUGCACUUACUUCCGGGUUUGUUAGCAGGCCUUUGUCUUCUCCACCAAUCAGCUGUCACUCCUCGCGCUUUUAGCAACACAAUGAGCGGGCCUAGUGUUGAUAAAACCUGUAUAGCGUGAGGCGCGCGCAGCUUGUGGUUAAUAUGGCCAAUUUAAAGUUUUUAUUUCUGUUGCCGUUUUGUAUGCUUGUGAGUACUGAGAACGCGCACAUUCAAGAACGACUGUUUUUAAGUUCGCUUGGCCUUGUAAAUCGACCGAGGCCGUCAAUUCAUGGCCCGGUGCCCUCAGUGUUGUGGAAGAUGUUCAAGAAAGCUGAGAAAAAGCUCGAGUGGGAUCCAUGUACAGUCCCAGAGUAUGGAGUGAGAGGAAACAUUGUCAGAUAUGUGCUAGACCAAGGCAGGGUGAUCUCUGACUCCAGCAGUGGUUGCCCCGCGUGCAUGGAGCACUAUUUGUAUUUUAAUAUGUCUGUACUGGAGGAUGUUGAGCAGCUCUCGUUGGCCCAGUUGGAAGUAAGGUUCAAACACCAUUCGUUUCCCGAGUCACGAAAAGACCUCGCCUUCAACAUGCACGUCUACAGAGUUUUAAGGAGCGCGUUAAAGGGCAUGGCUCGUGAAUCCAGCCGCAGGCUGCUGCUCUCGCAGUCUGUUCAGUACACCCCAGGCACCAUCCGGUUUAACCUGACCGAUCUGGCCGAGUCGUGGAGAAGACCAGGCAAAAACUACGGUAUGGUGCUGGCAUUGCAAUUGCAGGCCACCUGUCUGAGCAACGAGUUGGACCAAGACUGCGGUGUAGAAAUCAUGCAUAAAGGUCACGCGCAGAUGCCGGAGUUGGUGGCGACGCUCGUGGUCGUUUCUCUGAACCCCCAGCAGUGCAGAUCCCGGAAGAAGCGCAGCGCGUAUUACUUACCCGUCACUCCCAGCAACGUGUGCAAGCCCAGACGCCUCUACAUCGACUUUAAAGACGUGGGCUGGCAGGACUGGAUCAUCGCGCCCCAGGGAUACGUGGCUAAUUACUGCCAUGGUGAGUGCCCCUUUCCUCUGAGCGAGAGCCUGAACGGGACUAACCACGCCAUCCUGCAGACCCUGGUGCACUCCUUUGACCCGGAGGAAACUCCUCAGCCGUGCUGCGUUCCCAUCAAACUGUCCCCAAUCUCCAUGCUCUACUACGACAAUAACGACAACGUGGUGCUCAGGCAUUAUGAGGACAUGGUGGUGGAUGAAUGUGGUUGUAGAUGA